AUGACAGUGACGGGGGUGGCUGUGGCUGACAGAAUACGUCAGCCUAAGCCGAUGCAGCUAGUUAACAAGUUGCCAGCAAUGGAAGGCAAAAGAACAAAGAUAAGGAAAAGACCCGGAUCAGGAAGAGAUGGCGGUAGUAGUAGUGGUGGUAGUAAGAGAGGAUAUGACGAGACAAGGAAGGGGGAGGAUGGAUGGAGGAUAUACGCAGGAGGCAAACCGGAUAGAUGGAUGAAUGGGGAAAUUCAGAUGUUGUACGACGUGGACAUUGGAGGAGCAAAGAGCAAAGAGUGGGCGGAAGUAUGCAAGGGAGGCCGGACAGUGUGGGUCACAUCUGGUCAAGAUCCCGCUGGGGGGCUGUUCUUUCCCCUUAGUGUCUCUGCCAGUCUGAUCUGGGUAUACUCCUCCGCAGCGAUGUCCAUCGGAAUCUACGGUCAAGAGCGAGUCAGCCAAGCCAAAUCGCUGGGUCGUCUGGUCUCGUUGCAUGAACUGGGUCCUGACCAUCCAUGGCCGGCAGCUCGCAUCCAUGGCCCCAAGCAGCUAGCCGACGAUCCUCUUCUUUCGGAACUAACCAAACGCCGACACUAA